GAAAAUCUCAAACUUGAGCCCAACCAACAAUAAGUGAUCAGUGCAAGCCAUUAGCUAGACCACUCUUGUUCUUGAUCAUGAGGCCUUCAAACCAAACUUUGGCUCUUUGUGUGGUUCUUUUUUUGGUUGCAGCACCAGUUUCUCAGGCUACAGUUACUUGUGGCAGUGUGCUGAGCACCCUGAAGCCUUGCAUUAGCUACCUGCAAGGCAGUGGGGGGCCGUCGCCCCCGGGGGAUUGCUGUGGUGGAGUCAAGAGCCUUGCGGGUGCUGCAUCAUCCAAGCCGGACAAGCAGACCGCCUGUGGGUGCCUCAAGACUGCAGCCCAGAAGCUGAAGGUCAAAACCAACCGCGCCCAGACGCUCCCACAGGACUGUGGCGUCUCCCUGUCCGUUCCCAUCUCGCCUUCUGUCGACUGCAGCACAAUCAGCUAAGCUUGGAGAGAACAAGGAUAUGAUAUGAUGCAGCUGAAAGCAUUUCUUACUGGGAAGGAUAAGUAAUCUUAUAAUAAUGUAAAAGUUGGACUGUCAGUCUCUUUCUAUUACUAAUAUAUCACUCUGAGGUGUGCCUACAGUUUCCCUUUAUGCUAUUUUCUAUGGAAUAAACUUGUGUUUUCUCUUGUGAGGUGAAAAUACAGCUGAAAUUUCUCUUCUUUUUUA